AUGGACGACACUUAUAGUAAAAACGAUAUAUUUAAAAUGAGGAGAUUUUUACAUCUCUCGUCAAACUAUUGUUCCACUCAAAUAAUCGGAAAAAGGAUGCUUUCAUUAAAUUCUUUACUAUCUACUCAACUUGCUUAUGGAAAAGAAAUCAAUGAUUCAAAAUAUGAUGGAGUAAUUGUUGUAUCUCAUUCUUCUAAGGAAAUAAGUAAAUUUCCAAAAUUGGCUGCCUUAGCUAAACCAAUUGAAGAAUUUUCGCAACAUCAUACAGGAUUUGAAAAGUCUCAGGCAAAUUUGAUUAUUGUUGAUAAGGAAAUUAUUCCAUCUGGACGUUUAAUUUAUUCAGCAACUGGAUCUGUUUCAAAAGAUUUCGAAGAUGUCCGCAAGUUUAAAACUGCCGGAUUAAAUGCUAUAAAACUUGCUAUGGAUGCUGGAAUGAAAAAACCUUUAUUUACCACUAUACCAUAUGAUGAAUUUCCACGUUCUGAAAUUAUAUCAGCUCUAGGAGCUAUAAAUGGUCUUUAUACACCUUUAAAUAUAAGAGACACUCUAGAGGGUAACUUCAAAGCUAAGUUAGAAGAAUUAUCUUUUAUUGGAAAUAAACAACUUACCACUGAACAAUUACAUAAUAUUAUUCUGGCAUUUGGAUAUUCAAUGUCUGUUUGUAAUGAUAUUGGUGAUAGUGAUCCACAAAGAAUGACACCUGCUAAAGCUGCUGAGUAUGUUGACAAACUUUUUGGUGGAUCUGAUUCUGCUGUAAAAGUUAAAGUUGAAUCUGAUAUGGAAGUAAUAAAGAAGAAUUAUCCAUGUAUGGCUGCUGUUAAUCGCUGUGCAAAUGAUGUACCAGAACAUCGUGCUCGUUUGAUUUGGUUAGAGUAUGAUAACGAUGAACCAAAUGGACAGGCAAAAGAAACCCUUAUGUUUGUUGGAAAAGGAGUUACUAUUGAUACCGGUGGUCUUAAUAUUAAAACUGGAGCAAACAUGAAAGGCAUGUGUAGAGAUAAGACUGGAGCAGCCAAUGUAGCUGGUUUCUUUGCAGCUUUAAAUUUACUUCGUCCAAAAAAUAUCAAAGUUGUUGGGUACAUGUGUAUGGUUAGAAAUAGUGUAGGUUCUAAUGCCUAUUCUUGCGAUGAAAUUCUUACAGCUAGAAGUGGUAAAAGAAUUCAUAUAUACAAUACAGAUGCUGAAGGUAGAUUAGCUAUGUUGGAUCCACUUACUGAAAUGAGAGAAAAAGCAAUCAAUGAAGUAAAUCCUCAUAUCUUCACAUUUGCUACACUUACUGGACACGAAAUGAUGUGUUAUGGUGAGUAUGCUGCCGUCAUGGAUAAUGGCCCUGCUGCAAAAAGUGGAGCAUCAAGAAAAUUACAAGAGACAGGUGAUGAGUAUGGUCAACCUUUAGAGAUUUCACGUAUUCAACCUGAAGAUUUCCAUACACAUGAUAGUGAAUUUGAAGGUGCAGAUAUUUGUCAACUUUCUACUAAACACUCACCCAAGCGUGGACAUCAAGGAGCUGCUUGCUUCUUAAUGAGAGGAUCAUUAAUUGUUGACCAUGGUUCAACAGAUAAUCAACCAUUAAAAUACACUCAUGUUGAUCUUGCUGGUCCAAAUGGAAAUUUCCCUAAGAAUUCUUAUCCAAACCCUUUGGUUACUUUAAUUGGACAUUACAUCAUCCCACGUUCUGGAUAA